GGGCAGCGGCGGCUCCGGGCGGUGCUGCCCGGCGCCGGGGAUGCACCCGAACGCCACGGCCGUGCCCGCCGGGCCGCUGCACCCGCACCCCAGCGGCUAUGCCAACGCCACCAACCGCUCCGACCUGCUGCCCAAAGUGCCCGACGAGGAGGACCUGGACGUCAACACCGACAUCUACUCCAAAGUGAUGGUGACCGUCAUCUACUUGGCUCUUUUCUUGGUGGGCACCGUGGGCAACUCCAUCACGGCGUACACGCUGGUGCGGAAGAAGUCGCUGCAGAACCUGCAGAGCACCGUGCACUACCACCUGGCCAGCCUCGCCUUCUCCGACCUCCUCAUCUUCCUCCUCUGCAUGCCCAUCGAGCUCUACAACUUCAUCUGGGUCCAUCACCCCUGGGCUUUCGGGGGGGCCGUUUGCAAGGGCUACUACUUCCUCCGGGACGCCUGCACCUAUGCCACGGCGCUCAACAUCGCCAGCCUCAGCGUGGAGCGCUACAUGGCCAUCUGCCACCCCUUCAAAGCCAAGAGCAUCAUGUCCCGCAGCCGCACCAAGAAGUUCAUCAGCUGCAUCUGGAUCGCCUCCUUCCUGCUCGCCAUCCCCAUGAUCUUCACCAUGGGGCAGAUCUACGGCAAGGACCAGGAUCCCGACUCGCUCAUCUGCACGGCCAUCGUGGACACCUCCACGCUGAAGACGGUGAUCCAGGUCAACACCUUCAUCUCCUUCGUGUUCCCCAUGGUCGUCAUUUCCGUGCUCAACACCAUCAUCGCCAACCAGCUGCUGGUGAUGUUCAGGCAGGCGGCCCAGGAGAACCAGGUGUGCACCAUUGGUGGCCAGCAGACCAUGCUCAGCAUGUCCAUGGAGCCCAGCAGGGUGCAAGCCCUGAAGCACGGCGUGAGGGUCCUGCGUGCUGUGGUGAUUGCCUUCGUGGUGUGCUGGCUCCCUUACCACAUACGGCGUCUCAUGUUCUGCUAUGUCCCCUCCAGCCACUGGACAGAUUUCCUUUACAACUUCUACCACUACUUCUACAUGCUGACAAACGUCCUCUUCUACGUCAGCUCAGCAAUCAACCCCAUCCUCUACAACCUGGUGUCGGCAAACUUCCGCCAGAUCUUCCUCUCCACGCUCACCAUCCUGUGCCUGCCUUGGAGGAAGAAGAAGAAGCGACUGGCCUUUGCCAGGAAAUCCAACAGCAUCUCCAGCAACCACACAUUUUCCAGCCAGGUCACAAGGGAAACUACAUACUGAAGCCAAAGGUGGAGGAGGAACGCAGUUCAUGGUGGAGUCCAAACUUGAGAGAGGCCUCUGUGACUUUCAUGCAUGGUCUCCAAAUUCACAUAACACAAAUGUGUUUAGCAAAGUCAUUUUUGUUGGAAAAAAUAGGCUUUGUUCUGCCAGUAACUUUGAGGUUAUUUUCGAGCAUUGGCCUUGCCUCUUGUGAGUAAUGUCUACAUGUAUUGUAACUUCAGUCUGGCAUAAAUCCAGGUGUGGUGUUAACUGGGAAAGCCAAAAUGUGUUCAACUUAGGCAAAACUGUUCUGCCUUUCAUCCUUUUCUCAGUGCAGAGAUGCCGUGUUCACAUCCGAGGGUUUGAGAUCCUGGUGGCACCGAGCAGAGAGUUUGAUGAGGAGAGAGAAGCUCUGAACAGAAAGGGAAGUUCUUGGAGAAUGGAUAUGCUCAUCUGUGGGAUGUUCAAUGAACGAGGAGUGAAAACUCAGGGAGCCAGGUGGUUAUUUCAGAAAUAUAUCUCCUUUGGGAGUAAUGACCGAGGUGCUCAAGAGAGCCGCUCUGGCUCCUUGAAAUUAAAUAAGAACAGAUGAUGCCUUACCUAGGCUGGGGUGGCUGUGGCCUGGGACUGGGGUCACCUUUGGCUUUAGGGCAUCCACAGUGCCUGGCUUGGGUACCACUGCACCCAUGACAGCAGAGCCUCUGGCAAAGUCAAGAAUGCAGAGGCUGUGCCCAGAUGGAGUGCUGAAAAUGAACAGAGAUGGGAAAUCUUCCUUUUGCCAUACAGCCAAAUCCUAUUUUUUACCACAGAGAACAGUUUGCUGGCCUGCAUUAAGAGAUGAGAAAACUCUGAGCUUAUGAGGGCUCCAGGCUGCUGAGAUAAGAGCAAUCUGCCCCAAUUCUGUGACACCUUCAGAUUUUUCCCAUUCUUAUUCCAGUUUUACUCUUUUCCUCACCAUUUCCACAAGGCUGACAUCUCCGUAUAUAGCAGCUGUAGGCAGCAGGUCCUCUCAUUCUACCUUUUCUUUUAUUACUUUUUGCUACCAGAACUGUUGGCACACUUAUCUGCACCCCACUAUUCAGAUAGUUCAAAUGCAGAGCAUAAGGAAGUCUAAACUGGGGAGUCUUCACUCUAAACCCACUUUUCUUUCAACAAGCCAGAGGAACAGAAACAACACUUGAAAAUUCUCUUUGAAAUUUCCCAGGUAGCACGAGUUUUCUGCCAUAUGGUUCCAGCUCUAACAGCUCUAAUAUGAUACAGGCAAUUGCUCCAGAGUCUUUAGUACUGAAACAACAGGCUCUGGGACAAGCUAAAGGGCUUUUCCCCAAUUGGUGACCUGCACAAACCUGGAAUUGAUCAAUCACCCUGUGCAGCGUUUGCUGGUGGUGACCUGGUGUCCCCUGUCACACCACACAUCAUCAGGAGAGCAGGGCUUGCCUCUGGAAGGGGACAGGGCAGGAGAGUGGGCUCAGUUUGGCUUUCUGGGCUUUGGCCACCCCAUGCCACCCUUCAGCUAAUGAGCACCUGUGGUCCCUAAGUGAAACCACAGAGCUGGAGGUGUGGAUUGGCCAAGUGAGGGUCACACAGUGAUGGACACCAGUGGCUGAACCACUGGUGACAUCCUCUGCUACAGAACAGGUCGAGCUGGAAGGGAUUCACAAGAAUCAUCGAGUCCAACUCCCUGCACUCGUGGUUUAGGUCCUGUUGGGCUCAGCACAUAGAGGAAAUAACAUUUGGGGGCUUUUGCUGUGAGCUGUUGGUGAUGAGUGACUGCUUUUGGGGCAUUUAUAAUGUUUACCCAGCUGGCCAUGACCUGCCAGGCAUGGGGGGUGAUUUUAAUACCGAGUACAGAACCCCUGCAAAAGAAAGGGCUCAAAAUAAAAGUCAGUGGGGCUUUCACUUCUUCUGAUUCAGCCAAACUGCCAGCUCUGUUCUGUCAUGCCUUCUUGUGUUUCUUGCCCUGGUUGUACCAAGCAGAGGGCAGGGAUUCUAUUUGACCAAGCACUUUUGUUGCUCAUGGACUGUUGACUCCUCUUUGACAAAGAAAACAGGUAGUGGCACACAAAUAAAUAAAUUGAAACAGAGGCAAAAGGGAGACUGAUCUCUUCAGAAGGAAAUCUGUGAGAAACCAGCAAGUAUUUUCUGAGUAUGGUGUGUGUGAAAUGGCUUGGGCAGGUUGGAAGAAGAUCUGCUCAUCCUGCCUAGUGGGAAAAUCCAGGUACAUGAACAGGAGAGGGGGAAGAUCUGCCUUGAGAGGAAGAGGAGUCUUGGUGUCAAACAUUUAACUUUGGCCUUUCAGGCAAGACACUUCAAAAGUUUCUGAAUGACCCAAUUUUUUUAUUUCACCUCUAAAUAGCAGCUGGGAGGAGCUUUCUGAAACCUCCCAGGGAAGCUGUAACUACACUGCUUUAACUUUCAUUACAAUUUAACACCCUGCAUGUCUCAUUUGCUUUUGAAAUAUUAAACAUUAUUACUACACUUGUUCAACACCAACCUGCUGAAAUGUGCUUGAUUAUCUUAGAAAAUACUGUACAAAAAUUGUUGUUUCACAUAAGAUGCUUGGUUUAGACUUUCACCACCGAGAUACACUGGCAGUUUACAGAAUAUUUGAUCACAGCUCAGAGAAACUGGCAGGUUUAUUUUUGGUUAGACAUGACAGUGGGAAAAAGCUGGAAUAAAAGUGAACUAAUCAUAAACCCUUUCCACAGUGUUUGUUGGGCCACUUGAGUGCUGAAGAGCUGGGGGAAUUUGAGGGAUUUACCCAAGUGGUUUGCUGGCUUCUACAGCUCUGUUCUUGCAGUUUAUCAGGAAAGCAGACCUGGGUCCAUGGCCUUAAUCUGAGAUUGCAGCUCAAAGCUACCUCUUCCACUGGCCAAAUCUGACACCUUUCAGCUGAGCAGUGUAAGUUACAGCUGCUUCCAUCCUCUUCCCUCCUCACCUAAUUUUGCUAUAUUCACCUUAGAGAUGUGGCUCCCUUGAGCUCAAAGAUGUGAGGAUAGGAAACCCCCAUGGUUUCCAGAGAAUCACUGGACAUUCUGGGUUGGAAGGGACCUUAAAGAGCAUCCAGUUCCAAACCCCAACCAUGGGCACAAACACCUUUCCAUGAAUGGUUGCUCCAAGCCCUGUCCAACUGGCCUUGUAAAGGAAAGCUGAAACAGUAGAAGAGAAAAAGGUACAAACUGCCCCAUAUUUUCCAGAGAAAUGGUUCUUUAAUGCCUUUUAACAAUGAUUGAACUGCUAACCCAAUGAGGUUUUUGGAUUUACUCUGGUGUGAAUGGUUUUUGCCAUUAGACAGAAUAAAAACUCCCGCCCCUUGUGUCCCUGUCUUGGCUCUUCACCGAAGCAGAGGUGAGUGCUGGGGCUCUGCUCAUCCAUGCAAAUUGCCUGUGUUUGGAACUGUUUGUUUUGACUAAAAAAAGAAUAAAAUCUGUGGAAUCUGCAGAUGUGAAGUGCUGCCAGAUUGAUUCUAAGGAACUCCAUUCUGAAGAGCGUCUAUCAAGUGACCUCUUCAAACGUUGUUUUGGGGUUUUGUUUCUCUUCACAGCGCCCUUGCCAGAGCCAUCCGUUUGGCAGAGUGUGAAAUCAGGUUUAUAAAGUCUUUGCUAUUCAGAAAUUUCCCCCAGACAGGACCAGUCCAUCAGUGCUGGAAUGCUCUGCUGAGUUUGUGUUUUCCUGUAAGUGCAUGAGACCUCACUUCAGCGAGCUUUUCAGGAGAAAACAACGGAAAAUGGGCGAGGAGGGUGAGCAGGGCAUGGCAGUAGCAGGAGCUUUGCACUUCCAGCAUUCAGUGAAACAACUCCAGGUGUGCUGCAGCUGCAGACAGCUGGUGCUGCAGGUUUGAACCCAUCCCCUGUGAGCUGCAGGGCAGGGACAGCAAACAUCCACAGGUCACUCCAUGUCCUCCUGGCUGUGCUGUUUAACUCUUUAACCAAAGCUGUGUCUGCUAGAGCUCUGUCUGGUUCUUCACAUCACAGCUCAGCCACUCUUCCUGUCCUCAGUCUGGGUUUGCUUAGUAUGAAAGCAGAAAUUGCUGAUCCAAAAUUUCAUGAUGCUGUGUCCUGGCUUUGUGAUCCAGAGUCCUUCCUCAGCUGUGCCACCUGAUAGUCCUGCACAUAUUGUAUUUAUGGCAAAUAUUUUUUAAAGUGCACCUUUUUUUUUUUUUUUUUACUUUUAUUCUGAGAUACAAAAUGUUGAUGUGCUUUAUUUUCUGUGGCCUGUUGCUCAAUGGGAAAAAAAUGAAUGUUAAAAGUGUGUCAGUGUCUACUUUGUAAUAUUUUCUGUGACAAAGGGAAAGAAGAGGGUGUGGAACCCUUCUGUGUGGCAAUGGGAAACACUCUUUCAAUGUAACAUGCUAUUAUUGAUACUGUAUUUACUGAUCAAAGUGUCAUGAAACGGUUAAUUCCUGAUAUAGCCUUUGUACUGUAUGGUAUUUUAUUUUGUCAUUUAUUGAUCCUAAGAAAUAAAUAUCCAAAUUUAA